AUGAUCUGAUUAUAUUUUGUUUAAUUCUGUAUUUCAUUUGCUGAAAUCAAAUUAAUAUUAAUUUAUAUUAGUAAAACUUCAGGCCUUACAUCCAUAAUGCCUCGUUAUCAUACUGUGGAGAUUAAUAAAACAGAAUGGAUUGUACCUGAACGUUAUCAAAUGCUGACACCAGUAGGUUCAGGUGCUUACGGACAAGUAUGUUCGUCAAUUGAUACCCUGCAUAAUAUGAAAGUGGCUAUCAAGAAACUAGCUAGACCAUUUCAAUCAGCAGUGCAUGCCAAGAGAACUUACCGUGAACUUCGAAUGUUAAAACAUAUGAACCAUGAGAAUGUUAUUGGGCUCCUAGAUGUUUUUACUCCUGAAAAGAAUUUAGAGGAAUUUCAACAAGUUUAUCUUGUCACCCAUUUGAUGGGUGCCGAUCUCAAUAAUAUAAUUCGUACACAAAAGCUUUCUGAUGACCAUGUUCAGUUUCUUGUUUAUCAAAUACUGAGAGGACUGAAGUAUAUACAUUCUGCAGGCAUCAUACAUAGAGAUCUCAAACCUUCGAACAUAGCUGUGAAUGAAGAUUGUGAAUUAAAAAUUUUGGACUUUGGCUUGGCUAGACCUACAGAAACUGAAAUGACUGGCUAUGUAGCCACAAGAUGGUAUCGAGCCCCAGAAAUAAUGUUAAACUGGAUGCAUUAUAACCAAACAGUAGAUAUUUGGUCUGUGGGCUGUAUCAUGGCGGAGUUAUUGACAGGCAGGACUCUGUUCCCAGGCACAGACCAUAUUGAUCACCUCACAAGAAUAUUAUUUUUAUGUGGCAACCCUGAGCAAGAAACCAUAAACAAGAUAAUAAGUGAGGAGGCACGUAAUUAUAUUCAAUCGUUGCCAUCGUUGAAACGGCGUGACUUCAAGGAAGUGUUCCGCGGAGCAAACCCGUUGGCAGUCAAUUUAUUGGAACUCAUGCUCGAGUUGGACUCUGAUAAGCGGAUAACAGCCGAGCAGGCGCUGGCGCACGAAUAUCUAGCGCAGUACGCCGACCCAACCGACGAGCCUGUGUCGGCGCCCUACGACCAGAGCUUCGAAGAUAUGGACUUGCCAGUGGAGAAGUGGAAGGAAUUGGUGUGGAAUGAAGUGGUAGAAUUCAAGCCUCAUCCACAACAUAUGAACACAGUCGUCGAAGUGAACUAACUGCUCAUAAUAAUUAUUAGUGUAGGUCCCAUAGGGCGUCAAUCAAAUUCGCCAUGCAUCACUACUGCCGUGUAAUAUCUUCGUUAGUAGACAACGUACUAAUUGUAUAGCCAAACAUCUCGUUUUAUAUAUGUAUAAAUUUUAUGUAAAUGAAUUAAGAGCGAUCGGGCAACAGUAGUAAAUCGGACUCUGUGCCUUCUCUUUGUGCAAAUAUAAUCAGUCUUAAUUAAUAAUUUUGCAUUUUUACAGUGAUAUCCUUGAAUUCUAUGAUUAAUACAAUUAAAUUUGUAACCAAAAUUUAUGAACGUGUGACUUGAACCCUCGCCCUCUUGGGUUCUGAACAUAAUUGCAUAUUAGGAAAUCGACAUGAGAUGUCGCUAUUUCAAAUCUAAACAAUCGUUUUUUUUAAAGUGAUAUCCCUCAGUUCUGGGAUUAAUAAAAUUAAAUUUGUAAUCAAAAUUUAAGCAGGCAAGGCUUAAAUGGUCAAUGCCCUAAAUUGUCUCUGUACCGCGACCGCUCUUUAACCUUCCGAAAUCGGCAACAAUCUGGGCGCCGCGGUAGGCCUCAAUCGGCGUGAUUUUGGCAGUGGUCAAUAAAUGCGUAUUAUUUUACGUGUAUUAAUAGAUUGUUUAUACUUAGUAUGAUUUGAGUGAAUGUAUCUCAAAGCUAUUGAAACAAGCUAUAAUACCAUGAAAAUAAACCACCUUACAAACAAAAUAAGGUUUAAAACUUGGUGAGGGAAUAGUGUGCCGUACGGCAAUUUCGAUUUUGGUGUAUCUGAAAAAACUAGUGCCCUGGGGCACUUGCUGAUUUCGAAAGGAAAUACCCAGUGAUAUCUGGUUGUUCCAUUCGGACCAUCAUUGUGUCAUUCUUAUGUUGUUUAUUUAUUAUUUAUACAAUAGUUCUUACCUAAAUACGUGCAUUGGUCAAUUAUAAUGUACAUACUUAACUUAUUGAAAACCAUAAAUAUAACCACAAUAGAAAUCAUUAAAUCAAUAUUAGUCUUAUAAAGUGGGAGGAUUUGUCUGUUCAUUUCCAAUGACUCGUACAUUAAUUGGUGAAGAGGGAUGGUUUUAUGCAAUAUUAAUUUAAAAGAGGUUCUGAAAAUUCAAUAUAUGGAUACAGACUGCACAAUGAUACAUUGACCUUAAUAUAAUUAUCAAUUUAUGUUAAGUGAUGACAUUAGUAAUGGCAACAGAAAGUCCAGAUAAAUCAAGUAGCACAAAUGAUAUAAGUACCUAGUUUUGUAUUAGUCUGUAAUAUAUUAUGCAAAUUUUAACAUAUGAUGCUACAUAAUAUUAAUAAUUAAUGCGAUACAAAUUUUAUUAUAGUAUUGAAAAAAAAAAAAAUGCAUUAAAAUCAAGAAUGGAAGCAGCACGUUAUGCAAAAAAUAUCAAAAUAUUAAGUUUGUCUAAAAUUACCCAUUUUAGGCUUCAAUGCUUUUUUGAAGCGCUUAAGGCCAUUGCUGGACCUUUUUUAAUUUUACAAUCUGCAAAGGAGAAUGGGCAAAAAUGUAUGAACGUUGGUCUACCUAUCCAACACUCUGUGGAAAUGAGAAGCUAAUAAGUGCAUACUCAAAUUACGUUUAUCGUUUAGAUCUAAAUGCAUGGGAAUUUUCUUAUAUUCUUCGACAAAAUGCCGACGCUGUCGCAAAACAGAACGGCUGCACACAACAAAUAACUCUCGUCUAUUUUCUUCCAUUUUAAUAAUAAAAAAGUCCACUAAAUAGUUAACGCGCACAGUUAGAAAUAAAACUCAAUAGUCCGUUUAAUAAGCUAGGGUCAAACAAAGAAACGCCCAGUACACAACGAUAAGCUAAGAUGAGCUGUGAGACUUGAAUUGGUGGAAGUGGAAUGGAGGAAGCAGGUAAAUAAGAAAGUACUCUCUCACUCGCACCUGCAUGCACCAGCUAUAAACAAUUUUUUCAACCGUAACACUGAUAAAUAAAGAAGGGGCUGUAUUUUGUAAUUGUCGGAUAUCUCUUGAACCCCAAGACUUACAGCGGUGCUUCCAUAGAACGAAAUUAGUACUUAAAAUAAGCUUUCCACUGAUAUAGGUUUCAUUAGUGUUGAGUAGGUAGACCACUUUGCUCAUUCACUUUUAAGUUGUCAUUGUCAAAUAAUAAUAGCUAUUUUAUUUUAUGUAUUCAGUUAUAAUCUAUUGUAAGAGAGGUGACGGCCAUUUGAACCUUAUUGUGAAAUAAUAAUGAAGUUUUAAAUGGUUUACAUAUUGUGUGAUAUAAAUGCAUAACUACUAUUUAUACAAAAAUCUAUUUUUUCGAUGAAUUUUUAGCAGCUAUGAUGAAAUUAAUAUAAAUUGUUGAAGUUUGAAUUUUUUUAUAAGCUUCUUUUUGCGUUUUGUUUUGCGGGUAGUUGAAAAUUAUCCCGACUUUAUUGCACUAUGACAUAAACUGUUCUUAACUUUCUCACCUGGAUGGUGUUUCUAUGUGUCUGAUUAUUGCUUAGAAAUACAUGUCAGCCAUUUGUAAACGAGAAAUCCUUGCGCUUCGGAUAUAUUUAGUAAAUGAUACGCUCUGACCACAACAGUGCCAUUCAAGAUUUCUCUCAACGCUUAAGUUCUGUGCAUGGCUUUUACCAGAGUUGCCUUAAGAUAUAAAAUAACUAAUGAUAUAAUAUAGGCUUCUCUAAAUUAUUGUUAGGUAGAUAGAUGCUGUAGACAUACCUAGUACGUCAUAAUAAGAUUAUAUAUGAUUGUAAUACAAACGUCUCCAUGAUGUCUGGCAGACGUUAGUGUGUUAUAUGUACAAUUAGUACCAUUCUCAACGCGUGGAGAUCAAGUGACGGAACAAUGUCCAUCACAAAUCGAAUUCAGAUGGCAAAUCGUCUAGCAGACGCAUAUCGACUGCAAACUAUGGAGGGUAGAGGCAAAGAGAAUCAUCUGUGUAUAUGAAAAAGUGUCCGUCAAACAGCAUUAAAUUAGGGUGGUUCAACUUUUCUUCAAUAUGAAAUGAUUCUCCUUGCCUGUACCCUCCAUAUGAAAAAAAAAACAAAUAAUUGCGAAGAAAUUUAAAAAGGUUAUGCAUGAAGUUUGACCAAGUGAUAUCAACAGGCACAGAAAAGCAAUAAAUAAUGCUUAGAUUAUUUAUACCUCUAGAUAGAGACUCUUGCUGUUAGACAACCGAUAAAAUCAGGCCAGGAAUAUUAGUUUUGUGUGCGUGACAAGCUACGUCUUACACUCGCAAUGUGUAUGACAUUGUGUUGGUGUGCGUGAAUUGCUCGAAAUAGAGUUUAGUUCUAAACUUUUUUUGACGUUUUCACAGCUGUCACAGUCUAUCUAGGACGUACAAAUGAUCUAAGUGAUAAUGUUUAUAGUCUAGUAUAGGUAUAUCAAUUCGGUACCUACCUCAUUUAAUAGCAUAUAAAAAUUUGUGAAGAUUUCAAACGUUAUAGAUUUAAUUAAAGAUAGCUCAGAUAGCAUAAGAUUGGCUGACUCUAAAAAAUAUGUUGUGAACAUUAUUUUUUAAAUCUACCCACGUAUAUAAAAAAUACAAUGACAACAAAGUAUUAUGAAUUAAACGCUUUUUUAAUACAUAAUUAACAUAAAGUAAAGAAUACCUAUAGAAAUGCUAUAGGUACCUAAUGAACACAAAUUUUGAUAAUUGACCAUAAAAUCUUUUAAUAAUGGUCUUGCUUAAGCUGGAAUUUGCAUAUUAUUAUGAGAUCGAGUCGUAUUUUAGGGCAUCAGUUAUUGAUGGAUUAUGUCAAUAUCUUAUGAAUAAUAAUUAUGUUAUCCUGUAGGUUAUAGGUACAUAGUAACCAGUGUACGCAUAUAAAACAUGGAAGCAGUCUUGUCAUACUAUCUACUGUUGAUUAUUAGCGCAAAAGUCACAUUAAAAUAUAUUUGGUGUAUAAUAUAAUGUUAGUUAAACGUGCUACCACAGUAUGCAUAAUGCCAUCCAUCUCAUAAAAUAUGUUUCAUUGUGUUUUUAAGUAAUAGUGUACUUACACGUGAAAACUGAUUCCACAACCCUUGGGACGAUAUUCCGUAUGAUUUCUACACCACUUAACAACACAUGAAGGCAUUUUAAAUUGAACAAACCCUGUUUGUUUUAAAAAUGUCUGUUUGCUCUGUCUGACAGGGAUUCAACCGCACUCAAUCGCCUAAUCGAACAGUUUGUAAGCCCGGCCUAUGACGGUAUUAUAGUUUUAGUUGCGCUAUUUUAAAUCGUCAGAAAUGCUUCCAUGUUUUUUUAUAUGCGUUCACUGGUAGUAGCUGUUAAAGUUGUUAAGGAUAAUUUACUUACCCGUCCUGUUUUUAUGAUACACAUUUUAUUGCUCAAAGCAGCAUACUUAUAGCAUUAUAAAAAUAAGUUUUAGUUUUCAUAAACUUGUGUGUAUAAAAUAUAUUGUACAAUAGUAAAGGAAUAUAAAUAAUGUAUUAUUAUAAAA